CGCCGCCAAAGUUCAGUUCCAAGGUGACCGUUAGGUUAUCUAUUUUUACAUUUUUUGAAUUGUACAGAAACAGAUCCCCUUAACACCUUUUCCCUCCAUUCAAAAUUUUUAACUCUCCUCUCUCCUUCCCCCUCGCUCGCAGAGCAACCCCUCCGCGGCCCCACCACCAGAUUUCAAGAAACGAAUGAACCUCACAAAACCCUAGCCUUGUCCGUACAGCUCCACCGCCGAUGGCGAUGAGCCCCAACGACCGACCUAAAAAGAAAACCUCAACACCGAUGCAAGGCCUCGUCGGCUUGAUCCGCGAGUCCCUACCGCUUCUGCCCCCGCGCCGGGACGACGGAGGAGGUGGAGGAGGAGGGUUUGGGGGCCUGGUGGGGAAGGUCCGCUCCAGCCUCCGUAAUUCGCGAAUCGGACUGUUAUCCAAGUCUCCUGUUCGUGCCCUUCCUCCGGUUGCUUCGAGAGAUGACGCACCGCCGAUUCGGUGGCGCAAAGGCGAGUUGAUUGGUUCCGGUGCCUUUGGCCGGGUCUACAUGGGAAUGAACCUCGAUUCCGGAGAGCUUUUCGCUGUGAAACAGGUGUUGAUUGCGGCAAAUAGUGCUUCGAAGGAGAAGACACAGGCUCACAUUCGAGAGUUGGAGGAGGAAGUCAAGCUUCUUAAGAAUCUUUCACAUCCAAACAUUGUUAGGUACUUAGGGACCGCUAGAGAGGAGGAUUCUUUGAAUAUUCUAUUGGAGUUUGUGCCUGGUGGAUCCAUAUCGUCCCUCUUGGGGAAAUUUGGAUCCUUUCCUGAGUCUGUUAUAAGAAUGUACACAAAGCAGCUGUUACUGGGUCUUGAAUACCUUCACAAGAAUGAAAUUAUGCAUAGGGACAUCAAGGGUGCAAACAUCCUCGUGGAUAAUAAGGGGUGUAUUAAACUUGCUGACUUUGGUGCAUCAAAGAAAGUUGUUGAACUGGCUACUAUAAAUGGUGCCAAGUCAAUGAAGGGUACUCCAUAUUGGAUGGCUCCUGAAGUUAUUCUCCAGACUGGCCAUAGCUUCUCUGCUGACAUAUGGAGUGUUGGAUGUACUGUGAUUGAGAUGGCUACAGGAAAGCCUCCAUGGAGCCAACAGUAUCAAGAGGUUGCUGCUCUUUUCCAUAUUGGAACAACAAAAUCUCAUCCACCCAUCCCUGAGCAUCUCUCUGCUGAGGCAAAGGAUUUUCUGUUAAAAUGCCUAGAGAAGGAACCUUAUCUAAGGUCUUCUGCGUCAGAGUUGGUGCAGCAUCCAUUUGUCACUGGGGAUUACCAGGAACCUCGUCCAGUAGUUCGUUCUUCAUUCAUGGAAGCUGGAAACGAGAAGGCAGCACCUGGGACAGAUCUUAAGAACUUUGUGAACCCUUCGAUCAGAAGGUCUACCUGUGCCGGCUUGAAGAAUAUUUGUGAUAUGGGCACUGUAAGGUGCUCAACUGUAUAUCCAGGGAAUUUUUCAGGAGGGAGCUCCCGCUGGGGAGCUACUAAUAACUAUGAUGACGACAUGUGUCAGAUUGAUGAUACGAAUGACAUUGUCCUUGGUUCAUUUGCAAAAUUGAGAUCUGUGGUUGGACCUGACGAAUUAAACAAGAGUUUCAAUCCCAUGUGUGAACCAACUGACGACUGGUCAUGCAAGUUUGAUGAAAGUCUGGAACCGGAGAGAAAUGGAAUUAACUUCUCCCCUUGUCAAACAAUACAUGAGGCUUCGGGCAGCAUUGGAGCAUCUCAAAAGGUGGAGACAGAGUUCACAUUUCCUUCCGGGCCAUCAGCAGUUGAGGAUGAUGAGGAAGUUACAGAGUCAAAAAUAAGAGCCUUCCUAGAUGAAAAGGCCUUAGAUCUGAAGAAGAUGCAAACACCUCUAUAUGAAGAGUUCCGUAGCUCAUUCAAUGCAGCUGGUUUUGGAAAUGCAGACUGUGAACAUGUUUCAAAGCAUCUGAACUUACCUCCUAAAGGCAAGUCACCGAGUCAUGCAUCUAGUAGAAGAUUCUCUACUGCAUUUGAUGCUGCAGGCCCUGGGAAACAUACAAGAGAUGUAUCAAAUGCCAGUGGUGUAUAUGACCGAGUUUUGCAGGAAAUUCAGCCACCUCAGCUUGGUGAAUGGAAAGAGCUCCCUCAUGAUCAGAAAGAAUCAUUUAGUCUAAGUGCAAGCUUUUCUGAUAUGCAAAGAAAGUGGAAACAGGAGCUUGAUGAAGAGCUCAAGAGGAAGCGAGAGAUGAUGUGGCAGGCUGGUGUAGGAACGAAAAUACCAUCCCCAACCAAAAUUCUAGGUCGACAAAGAGAGCCGCUACGGAUGGUUUUUCCUGGAAAAUGAAGUGUAUGUAUGUACCUCACUUGUAUCUAUUUUACCAUGAUAUAGAAAUAAGUUAUGCUUUUCGACGGGGAGCGCUCAGUAUGCACUUGGCAGGGGUGUUGUCCAGUUUUACAUUGGUCACCUUGCCCAUAGCAGGCCGUGCAGCCUCUUGCCUGCUGCAUUAUGUCUCAAGCAGCUCAGCCAGAAAAUGUCACGUAACCAGUGAUAUGUAUUGAUUUAAUUUCUUGUGGCCUUUGUAUUGAGUUUGUGUGAAUUAUAUAAUUUGAAAUAUAUUGUAUGCUGCUGAUGCAGCAUUCUUUUCUGCUC